CCAUUUCUCAACCCAGAGCCUUCGGGGCAUAAUAUCAUCUAAUAAAACGAGGCAACCGCCCCAAGAGCUCUGCAAUUACAAAAGUAUUUACCUUCCAAAUUUAUAAUUUUAUAGCUCAAAUAUUCAAGAUCAAGAUGACUUACGGUUAUGAUAAUGGCUCCGCCGCAGAUGGUGCGGCUAGGAAGAAGAAGUUCGCGAUCAUCGGUGUUUCAUCAAUCAUCCUCGUGGCCAUGGUGGUUGCGGUGGCCGUCGGUGUCAACGACGGCAAAGAGAAAACCGUCGGUGCUGCUGGUGGUUCCGCUGCUGGUGAUAUUUCCACGUCGACAAAAUCCAUUGACUCUAUUUGCCAACCAACCGAUUACAAACAAACCUGCAAGGACAGUCUGACAAAGGCCGCCGGUAACACCAGCGACCCACAUAAGCUGGUUCAGGCCGGUUUUGAGGUGGCCAUUGAUUCCCUUAAAGUCGCCAUCGCUAAUUCUUCUACGUUGAAGGAGGUGGCCAAGGAUCCCAUGGCUAAACAAGCUCUUGACAGUUGUAAGGAGUUGAUGGACACCGCUAUCAGCGAUCUCAAGACUUCAUUCCAACAGGUUGGAGACUUUGAGAUCAGCAAAAUGGAUGAGUACGUUGCCAACCUCAAAAUCUGGCUCAGCGCCACCAUCACCUAUCAGCAAACUUGUUUAGACGGAUUCGAGAACACCACCGGACCGGCGGGACAGAAAAUGAAGGACAUUCUGAAAACAUCUAGUCAGCUUACAAGCAAUGGACUCGCCAUGGUUAGUGGGCUGUCCUCAAUUCUUCAGGAUUUGGAUCUGUCAGGAUUGACCGGUCGCAAGCUUUUAGAGCAGGGCGAUGAUCUUUUCCCAGUAUGGCUUUCUCCGGCUAAGAAGAGACUCCUUGCUCAGACUCCGGCAACAUUGAAGCCUAACAUCAUUGUUGCUAAAGACGGAAGUGGACAGUUCAAAACUAUUAAUGAGGCAAUCAAGAAGACUGCCAAGAGCUCGCCAACAACGUUUGUUAUCUACGUUAAGGCAGGAGUGUACAAGGAGAGUGUCACCAUCUCAAGGGCCAUGACCAAUAUCUUGUUGAUCGGUGACGGUCCUACAAAGACCAAGAUCACCGGAGACCUCAGCUUUGCCGGUGGAAUCACCACUAUUAAAACAGCAACAGUCUCAAUCAGUGGAAGCAAUUUCAUGGCAAAGGACAUCGGAUUCGAGAACACAGCCGGACCCGAAGGACAUCAAGCCGUGGCACUGAGAGUACAAUCUGACAUGUCUGUCUUCUACAACUGUCAAAUCGAUGGGUUCCAAGAUACACUCUACGCCCACACUUACCGUCAAUUCUACCGUGACUGCUCCAUCAGCGGCACCAUAGACAUCAUCAUCGGUGACGCCGCCGCAGUUUUCCAGAACUGCAAGAUUGUAGUAAGGAAGCCACUAGAAGACCAAAGAUGUUUCGUCGCAGCUCAGGGAAGGAACGACACCCGUCAACCAACAGGAUUCGUCCUUCAAAACUGCACCAUCUCCGGCGCCAAAGAUUACUUGCCCGUCAAGGUUGACAACCCAGCUUUCUUGGGCCGUCCAUGGAAGGAAUUCUCAAGGACCAUCGUCAUGCAGUCACAAAUCGACGAUAUAAUCGACCCCACCGGAUGGGCACCGUGGAUGGGCACCUAUGGAAUCAACACCUGCUCAUUUUCUGAGUUUGGAAACAGAGGACCUGGUGCUAAGUUGAACGGAAGAGUGACGUGGAAGGGCAUUGUGAAGAUCAAUGCACAAGAUGCCGAGAAUUUCACCCCCGGCAAGUUCCUACAGGGAGAUAAGUGGAUUCCGGCCAAGGGAGUUCCUUACUCCGGUGGGAUGUUGAAAGUGUAAGAGAAGAAAAAGGAAGAACACAACACAAAGAUUGACUUGUAAUAUCUUUUGCGGUAACUAGUUGCUGAUUAUAUAUGCAUGCAUGCAACUUAUAGAAUAAUUAAAGGAAAAAAAAAUCUUAUUUUAUGUCUUAAUUUUUACUAAUUUAUAUAGUCAUGUUUUAUAGAAGAGUUUUGGUUUCGCCAAAUUUAUAUUUCUUGUUUACGAGAAAUAUUUAAAUGAAUAAAGUUGUCUUUCCAAAUUGUUAA